AUGACGGAGUAUGAGGAUCUGGGACAUAUGAUGAAAAUACAAUCAAGGGAUGUGCGUGGUAAUCAUUACUAUAUCCUGCAUCAUUGUGUCCUACGCCCAAAUAGCAGCACAACAAGGCUGAGGGUUGUGUUCGAUGCGUCUUGCAAAUCAUCAUCUGGUUGGUCACUCAAUGAUAUUUUGCAUUCAGGUCCCAGGGUUCAAGGAGAUCUGUUUGGAAUGCUGUUGCGAUUUAGACUGCCGAGAUUUGUCUUUACAACAGACAUUGAAAAGAUGUAUAGGCAAGUGCUAGUCGACAAAAGAGAUCGCAAAUAUCAGCUAAUGCUAUGGAGAAACACUCCAGACAAGGAACUCGAACACUACAUGUUAAAUACGCUAACAUAUGGUACGACGUGUUCUCCAUACCUUGCUACAAGAUGUCUAAAAAGGCUAGCAGAUACAAACAUGCAAAAAUAUCCAUUGGGCGCGCUGGUACUUCAAAAGAAUUUCUACGUUGACGAUUGCAUGUGCGGGUCUGACAGUUUAACAACGGCAAUUGAGAUGCGGAAACUGGUUAAUAUGUUACUACAGGAUGCUGGAUUUAGACUACGAAAAUGGUGUGCUAACCACUUGAAACAACUGCAUGGAGUUCCUCCAGAAGAUAGAGAAGUAGAUCUAAAUUUUGACAAGUCAUCAACCAAGGUUUUGGGAAUAACAUGGAUUCCUCAAGCAGACCGAUUUUGUUUGAAGAGUGAUGUGAAUGAAUGCACAAUCGUCACCAAGAGGAAGGUCACGUCUGAUUUGGCAAGAUUGUUCGACCCCUUAGGAAUUGCAGGUCCUGUGGUGUCAGCAGCGAAGAUCUUUAUUCAGCAACUGUGGAAGGAUAAACUAGUCUGGGACGAGGAACUGCCACCAGAAAGGGCAGCAUGUUGGUUAUCGUUCAGAGAAAGCCUGAAGAUGUUAAAUGAUUUCAAUUUACCCAGACACAUGUUUGAUGGAGAGAAACCAACAAAAAUUGAGAUACAUACUUUUGUGGACGCGUCUGAAAAGGCAUAUGGUGCUGUGGUGUAUCUUCGUGCUAUGCUGCCCGACGGCAGGCAUAAAGUCAGACUCCUUUGUUCUAAAUCAAAAAUAGCACCAAUAAAAGAGAUCACUUUGCCACGGUUAGAGCUUUGUACCGCUGAAUUGGGGGCAAAACUUACAGCUAAAGUCAAGCCCGAAUUGGGUUACGACGACCUUCGGACUAUUUAUUGGUCGGAUUCAGAGAUUACGUUGUACUGGAUCAAUUCGGAACCAUCGGCACUUAAGACGUUCGUUGCAACAAGGUAA